AUGGUCCAAGAGCUGGAUGUUUCAAAGAAGGAGCUUGAAGUUGCCCAUGCUUCUCUCACUAAGGACCUUGACCAUCUUGGAAAGGCCCACAAGCUUGUUAAAGAUGAGCUCAAAAAACUUGGAGAGAACCAUGACCUACUUCAAGAUACUUAUAAAAAGGCUCUUGGAUCAUUGGGUGAUCCCAUUAUUGUUGAAAAUGUUGCUAGUUCCUCUACCUCAUCUACUUGUGAUCAUGCUAAUUUUGUUGAGGAACAUGCUCAACUAAAAGAAGAAAUUUUUCUAUAUGUUGAGACCAAUGAAUAUCUUAAAUCUUUGGUAACCAAGUAUGGUCUCAACUAUUAUCCCAAUGACUCUUCUUGUGAACAAGCAACUAUUCUUGAAGAAAAUGCUAGGUUGACAAAGGAACUGGCCAAGUUCACCACCUCCAAGAAUAAGAUGGGGUUGGAUGACCUUUUGAGUAAGCGAAGGUCAAACAAUAAGAAGUAUGGACUUGGAUAUAGAGUGAGCGGAAGCAGCCCGAUGAUGCAGCAGUCUCUUCUGGUGGCUCCGGGUGUAAAGGACAGGACGGUUCUCCCGUUCAAGCUGGAGGAGAAGGACGCACUCAUGCGCUCCAUCGUCGACGGCGGCGUGGGGAGCGCCUUCUUCGUCCUGGACCUCGGCAGGGUGGUCGAGCUGCACAGCCGCUGGCAGCGCGCGCUCCCCGGCGUGCGCCCCUUCUACGCCGUCAAGUGCAACACCGACCCUGGCCUGCUCGGCGCGCUAGCCGCCCUCGGCGCCGGCUUCGACUGCGCCAGCCGCAGGGAGAUGGAGGCCGUCCUCGCGCUCGGCGCCGACCCCGGCACCAGCAUCGUCUACGCCAACCCCUGCAAGCCCGAGGCGCACGUCCGGUACGCGGCGCAGGUCGGCGUCAACCUCACCACCUACGACUCCGAGUUCGAGGUGGCCAAGCUGAAGCAGUGCCACCCGGGCUGCGACCUCCUCCUCCGCGUCAAGGGCCCCGACAACCGCGAGGCCAAGGUGGACCUCGGCAUCAAGUACGGCGCACGCGCCGACGAGGUGGUCCCGCUCCUGCGCGCCGCGCAGCGCGCGGGGCUAAACCUCGCCGGCGUGUCCUUCCACGUCGGCUACGGCGGGCCACGCACCGACGUGUACGAGGCGGCCAUCCAGGCCGCGCGCGCCGCCUUCGACGCGGCCGGAGCGCUCGGCAUGCCGCCCAUGCGCCUGCUCGACAUCGGCGGCGGCUUCGCGUCCACGGACACUCUCUUCGACGAUGCGGCCGCGGUCAUCCGCGCCGCCCUGGCGCGGCACUUCGGCGACCUGCUCCCGCGCCUUCAGCUGGUCGGCGAGCCGGGCAGGUACUUCGCCGAGACGCCCUUCACGCUCGCGGCGCGAGUCAUCGGGAAGCGUGUCCGCGGCGAGGCGAGGGAGUACUGGAUCGACGACGGGAUCUACGGCUCCCUCAACACCGUCGUCACGGAUGGCUACGUCCCGCGCCCGAGGCCGCUCGCCGCCAGCGUGCCCGGCGAGGAAACCUACGCGUCCACGGUGUUCGGGCCCACGUGCGACUCCCUCGACACGGUGGUGACUGGCUACCAGCUGCCGGAGAUGAGCGUGGGGGCCUGGCUCCUGUUCGAUGACAUGGGCGCCUAUACCACCGCGUGCUCCUCCAACUUCAACGGCUUCUCGGCGGCGUCCGACAUUAAUACAUUCUUGGCCUACUCCACCUAG